AUGGAACUAGGUAAUGGUUUCAUGAAAACAGGCAACUUGCCGGGUAAUUACUUCCAGAAUGUGUCGGAAAAAGUGUUUGUGGGGAAUACAGUGCCGUAUAACAUGGGAGGAACAGCUGCACGCGGAGCCGGUUGCCGGGCAGUCACGGGCCAGACGUACGUUAGAACAGGACUCCGUACUCAAAUGCCUCCCGAGUGUGAGGAAAUAGACGAUCAUGGCGUGCCGGAGAAGAUUUCCUGCAUCGACAACAGGAUCAAAGAACAUCUGCAGUUCUCAGUAACUUCAGUAACACAAUGCGGUCGUCGAGCAAUGGUAAAUAAAUUCUGGUGCCAGGAAGCAGCAAGGAAGUGGUUUUAUAGAAAGGAUCAACCACCUCACCCGCGAGUAUUAUCCGAGCCAAAAUGUCAGAAACAUGUAGCUACAUGGUACCUACUCUAUCGUUGGUUAAUUUUUUUGGCCUGGGCUUGUAUUUUAGUGUGUUCAAUUUUCGAAAUCGGUAGUGAAAAACCAAUGUCAGUAUAUGGUACAUGGCCAAUUUAUUUGACCAACUGGGAUUUAGUAUUAGGCGUUGGUCAAGCCUUGCUUGGCUGUUUUCUUGUAUUGAGAAGAUGGAAAUUGCAAAAAAUAUCGGACUUCGAUCCUUCUGCGUUAAUGCUAGGAUCAAUAGACAAAAUUUACUGGUAUCUUUAUGUUGUAACUACUAGUACUGCAUUUGCUGUUACUAUUACCUAUUGGUGCAGCAUAUUCGAUCCCAGGAUCCACCAUUUGGAUCCUCUGAACAUCAUGUUACACAUUUGUAACAGCAUUUUGAUGAUAAUAGAUUUUUGUGUAACGAGCAUUCCAUUUCGACUAAGGAACAUCUGGUGGUGUUUAAUCAUAGUGUUUGUAUAUACGGUGUUUUCACUAAUAUAUUAUUUAGUUGGAGGUUUGGACAAGAAUGGUUACCAUUACAUAUAUAAAGUUCUCGAUUGGAAAAAGCCUGUUCAUGCUUCGUUAGUGUGCCUAGGCGAAGCUAUUUUGAUGUCCAUGUUACAUUCCACGUUUUGUUUUCUAGAGAAAAUAAAGAGUUGGUUGUAUUUCAAGGUUGACAAGAAAUUAGGAAAACCGUAUGCGGAAACACAGACUUCUAAUAUGGAAAAACAUGCCGAUAUUGUUUGAAAAUUGACGAUAAUAGGCAAUUUUUUACACAGUCCUAAAAUGAAAUAUUACUCGCAUUUUUCAUUAAUAUUUGUACCGUUCAAAAUAAUUUGAAGUAUAAAUAUAUAUUUAUAAUAUUAAUAUAUAUAUAUGUAUAUGCAUGUGUGUUUGUACACAUAUUCAUAUCUAUAUAUUUUUAGGUAAAUUAAUUUUUUUAUUGUUAAUCGUUUAUUGCAAAUAGUGCCUAAAUGAAGGAAGGGAAAGUUCCUUUUGUUUAGUAAAGUUUUCAUUUAAUGAAAAUUAUAUCAUAUCAACGAUAAAUUACAGUAUUUAAACGAAAUUAAAGUAUUCACGUAAAAAUGUACAUGUGUGUAUAUGCACGAUUAUUAUAUUCAUAAAGUAGUAUUUAAAAAAUUUUUUUUAACAAAUACAUACGUUAUAGAGAUUAAAUCGCUGUAAAAAGAUUUGGAAAUAUAAUAUAAAUUAAAUUCAGGAAAUAUACUACGUCAAAUAAACAAAUGUACAGUUAAUAAGUUUCUUAGUUAAAGCAUUACAUUUUAGCUAAUUAUGAAAAUACGUUAUGAAUAAAAAUUCAUGCAAAUACACGCAUUUGUAGGUACGAGAGAGUAUCUAAUUCAAUGUUGUUUGUAUUGUCCAAUUAUCUUUUAAUUAUUGUAUUAUAUACCAAUUUUAUAAAAACAUUCCAGAUUUUUUUUGUUUUCAUUGAUAUUUUGGCAUAUCUUGUUUUAUUAAAUGUUCAACUAUAGAAUUAUUAUACAAUUAGUAAAAAUCCUCAAUGUAUGAAGUUUACAACGUGUAAAUUACUUAUACCUUACAAAAUGUGUAUUCAAUUUCUUAAUUCUAGCAAACAAAUUUUAUUAUACAUUGGCUAUUAUAUACACAAGGUUCUAGGAAUUUUAUAUACAAUAGAAGAACAGUGAAUAAACUUUUUGGAAAAAUAGCAAUAAUUUAUUAAUAAAAUAACGAUUUGAAGCAAUUAUGGACUGUAGUAUAAAUGAAUGUAAGGCCAAAACAAGCCUUUUGAUCACAGACCAUAUUAAAACUUAGCCUAUAUUAGAAAAUAACAAUGAUCAGUUUUUUUUUACCCAUUUCCAAAGCACAGUCACAUAUUAUUACUCAAGUCCCCGUAGAUUUAUUGUGUUCUCUGAUGAUACUGAAUCGAGUAACAGUACCUGAUAUUCUGUUCCCACUACAUCGUCUUGAUAAUACAUUGAAGGCAAUUCCUCAGUGAGCAACAAACCCUCUUCUAAUUCACUUGUACCUAAUACAACAUCGGAUGCUCCGACGACCGAAUCUAAUACAGCACCAUUCGCCUUUAAUUUCCACACGUCGGAAAACGUCAAAUCAGUUCGUGCGGAGCCCUGAUCUUUUCUUACAUGUUGAUUGGAUGAUUGCUUGUGCGUAGCAGUGUUUGACGAAGAUUCCGAUGUUUUUAUUAAAUUGUUAAGAGGUGGCGGUUCCGGUUCAGGAAGAGAGCGAUCUGUUUCCGAGGGUGUACUGACAAUAACCGCAUCGCACGGUGCUACCAUUAUCAUUUGCUCUGAAGGCUCCGAUACCGAGGGAGUAGUAUACAAAAUGUAAUCCAUGCUACAAACGGAAUCUUCAGGCAUUUUAUUAGCUGCUUUGUUACACUCUUCAACAGGAGUGCCAUGUACUUUUAACAUGUGUGCUCUUAGCGUGGCCUUUGUGGUAUAUGAACGCGUACAGGUUUCAACUGGACAAUGAUACAAGGUCUUCGAUGGAUCUCGUAGAGGCACUAUAUCGUUUUUAGUUUGAUUUUCAUCGUUAUUUUCAAUUAUCGUAUCAUCGCGAUCAGAUUUUUUCGUUACCGUAGGCGCAUUUAGACAAGAUACGUUUACAUUCAGAUUUAUUGACUUUCUUUUUGAUUUUAUUAUCGAUGGUAUCUUUUUGGAUCGAGUAUUGAUGUUGUCGUGCGAAUUUAUCUCUACCUCUUCCUUAACUUGAUGCUUCUUUAUAUGAACGUACAAACUACUUUUUGCAGAAAAUUUUGCAUUACAUAUAAAACAUUGAAAGUACCUCCCCUCUUUGUGAGUCAAUCUAUGUUCCUUGAGAUGUUCUGACCUCAUAAAUGCUUUUCCACAGGAUGGAAUAUCGCACACAAAUUUUCGUUCAUUGGUGUGUUUCUUUUGGUGUCUCUUUAAUUUGCUAGAGGAAGAGAAAGCCCACUGGCAACCUUGAAAAGUACAAGGAUAGGGCUUACAGCCUGUAUGCGAACGUAUAUGCGCUUUCAACCUACAAGGCUUAUCAAAUACUUUACCACAACCUGGCCAUGAACAUUUUACAUCUAUUUCCUUAUAGCUAUGGCAUCUUUGAUGCGACGUUAAAGCGUUACUACUGUAGUACCUUUUGCCACAUCCCUCGUGUUUGCAAACGUACGGAGCAUGGCUUUGAUCAUGAGUCUUCAUAUGCAGUUCCAGUGCUCUCUUCGUCUGGAACUUUUCUUGACAGUCUGGCACUUGGCAUACUAUUCUAUUUGGGCGGGUAUGCAAUUUCGCGUGACUCCACAAAUUAUAAAUCGUAGUGAAUCGGCGAUUACAACCUUCUACCUCGCAAACAUAGUCUUUGCGUUUUAAAUGUGUUUCUUUGUGUCUUUUAAGUUUGAAUUCUGAAUAAAAUGCCCAGGCACAUCCUUCAAAGUCGCACUAAAAGGGUCUCACACCAUAGUGUGCUAGUAAAUGGCCUUUCAGAGCAUAAAGUUUGCUAAAUUGUCUAUUGCAAUCGUCGCGGGGGCAAAGCCAUAUUUUCCCAUGCUCAUUAACAGAUAUUGGUUGCAAGUUAUCAUCUGUGAUACCUAAUUCUUCCAAGGCAUUGGAUAUUAUCAUCUCGUGUUGAUUACUGGGAUUUUCUGCACUAUGUUCCACCGUUCCAUUCCACACAGUCGAAGUUUCAAUUUUUGGUAAUUUUGGAAAAUUUCCUGUAGCUUCUAUAAGCUCGGAAGUUUUCCCUUGAUAGAUCUGUUCCUCUGUGCCGGUAUUUAUAACAAUUUGUGUCAUAUUUGAAAUUUUAUCCGUCGAUAUGGCUACCACAGCCAUUACACCGUCCUCAGUAUCUACAAUAUCGUCCCCAGAUAUCCUAAUCUCAUUGUUGAAUUUCUUUUCCAUUGUUUCCGGCAUUUUCUUACGUUUCUUAAUAAUACGUGGUUCUAGCUUUACCUUAGCCUUUGUUUUCAAUUGUUCAACUACUGUACUAUCAGAAUCAUCUUCAUCCAACUUUGUAUCUUGCAGCUCAUCCACUGUGUUCUCAGAAUUAAGAUCUUGCGCAUAGAGAUUCGUAGCAUUAGCACACAAGCCACUGUCCUUCUGCAGAUCAAUUUCUUUAAUCGUGUUGUCCACACAACGUAAAUCAUCCACCACAACUUGGGUAGACUUGUUUUGCAAUUCCUGGUUAUCUGGUGUUAUGGCUUUCUUCAUCAGGGAGGUUUGCACAAUCUCUGUACACAUCUCUUCGACAUCCCUGUUAGGAACGCUCAAAGCAGGUUGAGCACUGGUCGAGGGUAAAAUCUCACCAGCGACCAUCAUGUCAUCCGGGGACAACGCCAGCGGAUCCAAAUGAUCCAGCUGAAAUUCUGGCAAUAUAAAGCUAUCCUUCUCGUCGAGCAGCUUCUCACUCUGAAGUUCUUGCAGCAAAGGAUCAUAACCUAAAUUGAGCUUCUUGUCAGACAGGUCAAUGUCGAUCGACAAGCCGUCAGGGUCCUUUUCCAGAAAAGCGUGCUGGAGCUCCUCGCCCAGGUACCGGUCGACGCCCUCCUCGACCCCGGACUUGAUCGCGUCGAGAUCCAUGCUCGACACCGAUUCCGACCGUGUUUUCAACCAUUUCUCGAUGUCGGCUACUGUCUCGACAUCGGCGGCUUUACCGAUCUCAACGUCGACGUUCGACUCGCUUGCGAGACCACCGUUCGUCGCUUGGUUAUCCUCGAUCCACACCUUGUCCCGAUACCGUACAGCCUCGUCGUCCCUAGCCUCUUCCUCCUGUUUUUCUUUUUUAUUCGUUUCCUCUCUUUUGUCCUCAUCCGGCGAACCAGGCAGCAAACUCAAUUGAUUGUAACCUAUCGGACUGCUCGCGAUCCCGGCCUCUCCCUGCGGCCAACUACGGACCGAGCACAAACCUCGCCGAUUACGAAAGAUUCGCGGGAUUUGUUUUGACUUGCAAGCGGAGGGAAUUCCUUUACGAGACAUUUGACUGCCCCGUAGCCAGCUGUAUAGGGGUCCACAUACAGCAACAACGCCGCCAUCGAAA